AUGGAAAAUCUGCUCUCUCUCGCGUUCGACAACCUCUCCUCCUACGACGGCCCCAAAGUCCGCAAGGGUCUGCGCCAAGUCGAGGGUCUGCUGGCGCAAAUCUGCUUGUCGUCGGCCUCCCGCGACGGAAGCAAGCCCGACCAAGACACGACGGGGAUAACGGGCGUUGACGGCGAAGACGACACGACAACGUCGCCCCCGCCGCCGCCGCGCAAGGACCUCGGCCGGCUCUCCCAAGACCCGGCGUUUCGCGAGUUCUUCAAACUGCAGGAGGGCUUUGAGUGGAACGUCGGCCUGCGGCUCAUUAGCACGCUCGAUCGGCUCAUGGCCAAGGGUAGCGACGGGCAAAACGACUUGCUCAUCCUCAGCGCGCUCGACCUGCUGCAGGGCGCGAUGCUGCUGCACCCGCCGAGCAAGGGCCUAUUUCAGCGCGAGCAAAACAUGAAUGUGAGUACAAACGCAGAAUUCUUUUACCUUGUUCCGACCGAGUCAAAAAUAUGGUCUGUCAAACUAAUACGAGUCCACCCAAAGCUCCUUCUUGACCUCCUCGAGCCGUUCAACUGCCCGGCAAUCCAAUCCGCCACGCUUCUCACCCUCGUCGUCGCCCUGAUUGAGAUGCCGAGAAACACGCGCGUCUUUGAGGGUCUAGACGGCCUGCUCACCGUCACCUCUCUCUUCAAGUCGCGCUCCACCUCGCGCGAGGUCAAGCUCAAGCUCGUCGAGUUUCUCUACUUUUACCUCAUGCCCGAGACGCCCUCCAUCCCCCGCGCCGACCGCCGCGAUUCGCUGCCGGAUAUGCUCCAGCGCAGUCCGAGCAAGCUCGCGAGCGCGUUUGGCGGCGGUGAUGCGGCGGCGGCGCACAAGCGCGGGCGUGGCGAGACGGGCGGAACGCUGUCGACGUCUGAGAAGCAGCAGUUGCUGAGUAGACAUCUAAGCAACGUGGAGGAUCUGGUCAAGGAUCUUCGCACGUGUGCGCCAUUUGGAGGCGUGGUGGCGUAG